AUGCAGUGGGUGAAGGUACUGGGAGGGGUGGUGGGGGCUGCUGCCCUCUUGGGGCUGGGGAUCAUUGUGGGUCACUUUGCCAUCCCCAAGGGGGCUGACUCGCCAGCCCCCAGUGCCUCAGCCUCCCAGGACCUGGACCUGAAGAUCCUUGAGACGGUCAUGGAACAGCUAGAUGCCAACAGGAUCCGGGAGAACCUUAGAGAACUCUCCAAGGAGCCGCAUCUGGCCACCAGCCCCCGGGAUGAGGCGCUGGUGCAGCUGCUGCUGCAGCGCUGGCAAGACCCGGAGUCGGGCCUGGACUCAGCCAGGACCACUGAGUACGAAGUGCUGCUGUCCUUCCCCAGCGAGGAGCAGCCCAACCGUGUGGAUGUGGUGAACUCCACUGGGGCCGUCCUCUUCUCCUGCCGACAGAGUGAGGAGAACGUGACCGGGGAGCAGGGGGGCCCCGAUGUGGUGCCGCCCUAUGCCGCCUAUGCUCCUCCCGGAACCCCACAGGGCCCCCUCGUCUACGCCAACCAGGGCUCGGAAGAAGACUUCAAGGAACUACAGAAAGAGGCAGUCAAACUCCAAGACAGCAUCGUCUUGACCCGCUAUGGGGGUGUAGGGCGUGGGGCUAAGGCUGUGAAUGCUGCCAAAUACGGGGUGGCUGGAGUGCUAGUGUACACGGACCCCAAAGACAUCAACGACGGGAAGAGCUUGCCGAACGAGACCUUCCCACACUCCUGGUGCCUGCCUCCCUCGGGCGUGGAGCGAGGCUCCUACUUCGAGUAUUUUGGGGAUCCCUUGACUCCUUACCUUCCAGCUACGCCUUCCUCCUUCCGCCUAAACUCUGACAAUGCCUCUGGAUUUCCCCCAAUUCCCAUUCAACCCAUUGGCUUCGAGGAUGCACAAGUCCUUCUCUGUAACCUUGGAGGAAAGUUAGCACCGGCUGGCUGGCAGGGAGGACUGGGCUGUGACUACAAUUUGGGGCCAGGCUUCCGGUCGAAUGGUAUCUUCCCAGAAGACGGCCAGGUGAACGUGAGUGUCCACAACCGCCUGGAGCUGCGGAACUCCUCCAAUGUCCUGGGGAUCAUCCGCGGGGCUGUGGAGCCAGAUCGCUACGUGCUAUAUGGAAACCACCGGGACAGCUGGGUUCACGGGGCCGUAGACCCCAGCACUGGUACUGCAGUCCUUCUGGAGCUCUCCCGAGUCCUGGGGACUCUGCUGAAGAAGGGCACCUGGCGUCCCCGCAGAUCAAUCGUGUUUGCUAGCUGGGGGGCAGAGGAGUUUGGGCUCAUCGGCUCCACAGAAUUCACGGAGGAGUUCUUCAGCAAGCUGCAGGAGCGUGCCGUGGCCUACAUCAACGUGGACAUCUCGGUGUUUGCCAAUGCCACCCUGAGGGUGCAGGGCACGCCCCCGAUCCAAAGCGUCGUCUUCUCCGCUGCCAAACAGAUCUCCGCACCGGGCUCCAGCGGUCUCAGCAUCUAUGACAAUUGGAUCCGAUAUUACAACCGUAGCAGCUCCGUGUACGGCCUGGUCCCCAGUGUGGGGACUCUGGGCGCUGGCAGCGACUAUGCCCCCUUCAUUCACUUCCUGGGCAUCUCCUCCAUGGACAUCGCCUACACCUAUGACCGGAGCAAGACCUCAGCCCGGAUCUACCCCACCUACCACACAGCCUUUGACACCUUUGAUUACGUGGACAAGUUUUUGGACCCUGGUUUCAGCAGCCAUCAGGCCGUGGCCCGGACCGCGGGAAGCGUGCUUCUCCGGCUCAGUGACAGCCUCUUCCUGCCUCUUAACGUCAGUGACUACAGUGAGACCCUCCGCAGCUUCCUGCAGGCUGCCGAGAACCUCCGGGACCUACUGGAGCAGCAUAACAUCAGCUUUGGACCCUUGGUGACCGCGGUGGAGAAGUUUGAGGGGGCAGCCACAUCAUUCAACCAACGCAUAGCAACCCUGUGGGAGGGCACCCCCGAUCCUCUGCAGGUGCGGAUGAUCAAUGACCAGCUGAUGCUCUUGGAACGGACUUUCCUGAACUCACAAGCCUUCCCAGAAGAACGCUACUACAGCCAUGUGCUCUGGGCACCCCGCACCGGCUCUGUGGCCACAUUCCCCGGCCUGUCCAAUGCCUAUUCCCAAGCCGAGAACACAGGCCAUGAACCUGCAGCCUGGGCUGAGGUACAGAGACAGCUCAGCAUCGUGGUGGCAGCCCUGGAGGGCGCAGCAGCCACCCUGAGGCCCGUGGCUGACCUCUGA